AUGGCUCGUACUCGAGGAGGUUUAUCUUCACAUCGCAAAAAGAGAGUUCCUCACAAGGAGGAUGCAGUUGAGGAUCAUGCAUUUAAGGAGCAUGAUACUCAGCAAGAGGAGGAGCAUGAGGAUGUUGCUGAAGGUGGAUUUCCUGGAGGUCCAGUAGACGCUUCAGUAUUGACACAUUACAUUCACCAUGUUGCUUAUGCGAUAUGGCAUAGUCGGGGACUACUGUUGGCAUUUGUAGAGAGAUUUCAUUUCGAGACUAGCAGUUUCCAUCUCUCCAUGGGUGAGAUUUUUGUGACUUUAGAUGAUGUGUCAUCCUUGUUGCACCUCCCAAUUUUAGGUCAGCUAUGUCAUCUAAAGGAAGUAGAUUUUGAAGAAAGUAGAUGCGCCAUUGUGGAGCUUUUAGGAGUGGAUAGCGAGAGAGUUAGUGUUGAGUUACAUGUAGCUCAUGGUGUGAAAGUCAUAUUGAGUUGGCUUCGAGAAAUCUACAUUGAGCACUGUGAGCAGUAG